AUUAGUGUGCAUUAAACUUACUAGUUUAAUUAAGUAAGUUUUGUUCGCAAAAAGAAAUAUGAAAGUUGCAUUGAUAUUUUUGGUCUUUUUAACGAUAUACGUCGUCGAUGGAUUCGCGAUAGGAAACAAUUUUGGAAAUGGUUAUGAUGAUGAUGAUGAUGAUGGUGGUGGUUUUGAUGUGUCUGUAGCUAAUGAUGAUAUGCCAACAAGAAAAACGAUUGGACGUAGUAGACCGAAUGGCGGCUCAAACAACAAAAGAAUGAGAAAUAAAAACAAGAAAAAGAAUAAAAACGGCAAAAAAAACAAAUAUAAAAAUAGGAACAACAAGAAUAAAAGAGAUAGAAAUAACCGCCAGAACAGAAAGAUGGCAGUUCAGAGUAACUGGCCUUUAUUUAAUACUAUGGGUCUUUGCGAGAAUUAUCUUCGAGAUAUUGAAAACAGUUCCCUUUUUUGCGUUAAAUCUUCAAAUGUUAAAACUACCUUUGCCGAAGCUAUCAAUUAUUGCCAAGCAUACGGAGGUUAUCUUUUAACUCCAUCUUCCAAGGCAUAUAAUUAUCAAUUUAUGUGGAUUCUAACAUCCAAAACUGAUCUAAAGAAUGAAAGUUUCUGGAUAAAUGGAAUAGCUAAAGAUGAAAAGUGGGGAUGGAUUAGUGCUGAAUUUGAUUCUCUUUCUUACACCAAUUGGAUUGGCGGAAAUGAACCAGCUGCAGAAGAUGGUAACUGUAUGUCCAUGAGCUCUGAUGGUUGGAAAUCAGAAACAUGUACUGAGAAGAGAAUGUUUAUGUGCCAAUUCGAUGCCUCUGAGCAAAAAGUGGCUAUGAAAGUCAAUUACAUGAGACAAUCAAUGUAA